UCAAAAUUUCGACCAGAUUGCUACUCUCGAUCUCUCCGAUUUUCUCGAUCCAUUCAAGACGGGGAGAAGCGGAAAAUCCUGUUCUGCUAAUUCGUACGUAUUUCUGUUUGCCUCCUUCACCUCCACGGGAUUGUGAAUUUGGCGGAAUCCAUGAAUUGAAUAAAAUAGCCUGGUUGUUGAAGUGUAACACUGCCAUCAUCUCGAUACGCAAUGGAUGGUGACAUUUUUAAUGAACGAAUAGCAGAAUUAUUGAGAGUUAUCCAAUACGCAAAAGUUAUCAAAGAGGACAAUGUUCCCUGCAAAAUCGAUGAGGGUCUUUACUUAGGCUCUUUGGGAGCUGCCAAUAAUAGGAGUGCUUUGAAAAGCUUAAACGUGACACAUAUAUUAACGGUUGCCAAUUCGCUUAACCCUGCUCAUCCUAAUGAUUUUACAUAUAAACGCAUUCAAGUGUUUGAUAGGGAAGACGUAAAUAUAUCACAGUUCUUCGAGGAGUGCUUUGCAUUUAUUGAUGAAGCUAGAACAACGGGGGGAGGUGUGUUGGUUCAUUGCUUUGCGGGAAAAUCGAGAAGUGUGACUAUUGUUGUCGCCUAUCUGAUGUAUAAAAAUGGUAUGAGCUUCUCCGAAGCUCUGGAACAUGUCAAGACUAAAAGACCUGUGGCAUUUCCCAACUUCGGUUUCAUUUCACAACUCCGGGAGUAUGAGAAAACUCUUCAAGAUAACGGGACUGGAAGAGCACAAGAAGUUGGGAGCUCGAGCAGUUCUUUAUAAAGUUAUCGACGAAAUUAUGCGGUAACAAUAUAGAUAUAGAUAUAGAUAUGGAUAUAGAUAUAGAAAUAGAUAUGUGUUCAGCACAAUUGUUGUCUCCUUGAGUUGAAUUGGAUAUGGCUAUAAUUGUGUUUGUAUGGUGAGCUUAUUGAAAACGGUUGAAGAAUUAACUAGUAAAAUAUAUUUAAGAUUAUAUUAUAAAUAUCUUGAAACAUUCGGAAAAUAAAAAUCAUGUAAUAUAAUUAAUAUUCUUUCU